AUGUUGUGUCUCAAUGUGCCUGCUCCCAAGGACAGCUUCUUCACUCGUUUCCGCCGCCGCCUGUUAUGGAUGGCCCUUGGUAUUCUGGGCCCUGAGUUCCCUCUCACAUAUGCUGCGGGUCAGUGGAGUCGAGCGAAACAAUCCGUUGUGUCCUUCAAGGCGUACAAUUACAAGGACUGGCACAUGCGGCAGGCGUUCUUUGCCGAUAUGGGAGGCUUCGUGUUUCACGCUCGCGACGGUGAACCUUUCCCAAUCAACGCAACUCAGCUUCACUGGCUUGUUGUCAAUAAAUUUGUCGAAUAUCCCGCCAUUACCCGCAAAGAAAUCUGGGACAAGUCUAAGCAGGACACAUUUACCAAAGUUGUUACCGCAUUUCAAAUUUCCUAUCUGAUCAUCCAAUGCAUCGCUCGUGCUAUUCAAGGUCUGGCAAUCACAACCUUGGAGCUCAACGCACUUGCGAUUGUUGUCUGCUCGCUCAUGACAUCCUGUUUCUGGCUUCACAAACCAGCAGAUGUCCAGACGCCCAUCCACAUCCGUUCGUCCCACUCCCUUGCUGAGAUCCGCUCAACCGCGACUGGAGCUUGA